AUGGCGAACAAUGGUUUCGAGUUCAAAUUGACGCCUGAAUUAUUGCUGGAAUUUUCCAGACUAAAUCAGCAGCAACCUUUUCUGGCGUGAGUUCUUUUUUUGUUGGGGAGCCAUGGAUGAAUAGACAUUUUUUGUUCUUUUUUUGAAAAAAAAAGGUUUUAUGAUCUUUGUUACAUUUGUGUUAGUUUUGCAGCUCUUUGUUGAUUUAGUCUUUUUUAUUGUUUCAACAUAUUUUACGCACAUUUUAUGUAUGUGAAUUUUAUUCAUUUCAUUUUUUCUCUGAUAAAAUUUUGUCAUGCUUUCUUUAGAUAUCGGUACUCUUUGGAAGUAAAAAUCAUCAAAAUUAUGUGGUUUUUUUUUGAUUUUUCAGAAUUGUAAUUAGGGGUUUUUUGAAGAGGUCAUAUGAUUCAAACUAGAAAAUUUUAAAUUUAAUUGUUUUUAAUUGCAGUCGAAAAAUAUUAGUUUGGAAAAAAAUGUUUAUUUCCCAGUAAGAAAAAAUACACUUGAAAAUUAUCCUGCAAUUUCUUUUUCAAAGCUCCUCUAGAAACUUAACUCAUUUUUAAAUUCGAAUUAUAGAAAUCAUCAAUAAUUAAUUAUAAUGUGACAGGCAUAUAAUCGGUUCCAAGAAUAAUGACGUAUAAUUAACGUUCUCAAAAAAAUCAUUGUCUAAAAUGGCAGAGUUCAACAAAACAGGCCGUUUUUAGUCCAAAAAAACAUAAAACGGAUGCACGACAAUAAUUUUAAUGGCUAUGUUGCCCCCGUUUCCAAAAUUCACCAAGGAGACCCGAAUGAACACGUGGUUUAUUUGUUUUCUGAUUUUAUUUUAUUUUUUCAUUCUUCUUCUUUCCAACAACAUUAUAUUUUUGUCUACGUAUACAUUAUUUAUUUACAAAAAUUGAUCGAGAUCUUUUAAACAAUUUUCUUCUGUAUCACAUCACUUUUGCUGUUGUUGUAUGUGUAUGAAUAGAAAUCUGAACUUUUCCUCUUACCCAAAUAAACCUUGUUCCAUCCAUCUGUUUAUUCAGGAAUGUUUCUCUGAUUUCUCGCCACGCGAAGAAAAAAAGAAACGAGAGCGACUGGUUGACUGUAUAUUUUUCGCUACUUUCGUUGUGUUUUCCCCCUUUUUUCUCUCCCGUUUUUCUCUUUGUAGUUCUUCUCGUUUGUAAAUAAAUAUCGAUCGAAUUUCACAAAGUACAUCGUCACUUUGAUUUUUUCUUUAGAUUGUGAUUUGGAGUGAAGUGGAGGCUACUCUUUUUUUGGGUUUUUUGAAUGGAAUUUCAAAUUUCUCAACCUAGAUAAGGUUUUUUUUUCGAAAACGUCAUUCUCAAAUUUCUUGAAGUACUUAAAAGUUAUUUUGGAUAAAUAAGAGGGAACAAAAAUAGAGCGAGUGUAGCCUGAACCCUAUCAUAAAAUAGGAUUCUACUAGUAAUUAGUUCCGCCUUGGUCCUAAAUUUGAAUAUAUAGCUAGAUAAUUAUAGGUGAAGAAAUAUUGAUUUUCAAAAUUUUCAACUCACAUUGGAAUUUUUUCGAAAUUAUAUUAGGUAACGGGUUUGAGAAUCGCGAUUCUGAAACAAUUUUUUUAAAUUUAAAAUUGUGAUGAAAAAAUUUUCACUUAAAAAAUUCAGUUUUUUCAGCCCAAAUAAACCAUAUCAUUAUUUUUCUUGAAUUGGGUUCUGAAAACAUACAUUUGGUCAUGUGAUAGUGUUUAGUUUGACAAAAUUGAUCCAAUAUUUUUCUAGUCUAAAAGUUCUCGGUCUAAUUUAAAUAUUCUAGCUUCGAACCUAGUAGUUUAAAACUUUUCUAGAAUUUUUUCUCAAUGCAGAUAUGAUUUUGAAAAAUGAAUUACAUAACUCAAAUGUUCAGGUACAAAUUUUCCUAAUCUAAAAUCUCCAAAAAAAUGUUCUCGAUCUUUUUUCUCCGGCCACGUUACCACCAAAUACGGAUUUUCCGUUUCAUGAUCAAAAUAUCAACUUAUUUUGCAUGAAUAUAAAAUACUGAAUUUUGCAGCUGACUUUUUUUGAAACACACACAGACAUAACUAGAAAUAUUCAGAAAUAAUAACCGAGUAUGUGAAUUAGGCGUGAGAAUUUUUGGCUCUAGAAAAAGGGUAGAAUUCUCUCCUCCUUUUCUGUUUUCCAUCAAUUUUCAAAACAUACUCCAUUUUUUGUGGUGUCAAAUUUCAAAAGUAUUUUAUGACCCGUUUUUUCUUUGUAUGUAUUUUGCAAUCUCCAUUAAUGCAGAAAAAAGCGGGCGAACGAUAAAAAAGAAAAACAAAACAAGUCUCAUGUUUCCGAAACUUUCUAUAGAUUGAUAUAUAAAAAUUACUUUAUCAAUCAAAAAAUAAUCAAUUUCUAUUUUUCUUUCCGUUUUUCAGUUGUCCCUUUCUGAAGAAUGCAUUUUUAUUGAAGUUCUGACUUGUUUUUUGAAUUGUACGCGAUGUUUGACAUAAACAAAGCUGUUUUGAUGAUCAUUCGCGUCUUACGCUCCAGACAGUAAUAUUUCUGCGAGAUUUCCGCGGAGAUCUUGUUUUUGAUUCGAUUCGAUUUGGUGUUCGAGCGACAAGAUUUUUCAUGACGUUUUACGAUAAGAAAAUAGGAUGUAUCUCUUAUUUCUCCCCAAUUCAUCAUUCUCAGAUUUGAAUAACUUGCAAACAAAGUUUUCGCAAGUUUUUUUUUGAAAAAAUUUAAUUGAAAAAAAAUUUAAAUAAAGUAUUACUGUAGAUUUCAAGGCGCACACAAUUUUGUUUGUGUGUCACGUAGCGAUUCCAUUCGUUUUCUUUUUUAAAGUUUUCCCGGACAACUCGGGUUGUAAUUUUUUUUUCGUUUUCUCUUGUGUUUCAUUGGUUUCCAAGGGAUUAUCCGUCGCCCUCCUUGCAGAAACCAACUAAUAAUUUCAAAAAUUAAAUAUAGGUUUUCUCCUUCACCCAACUAACGCUGCAAAGUCGUUAAAAUGAACUCGCGAUGGUUGCCUAGUGUUGGGUGUGAAGCCAUUGCAAUAAUUUUCUGUUCUAUGCACUACGUACGGCUUUAGUGUGUGUUGUUCGGAAUUUUUCUCCUGCUCUGCUCUCUUUUUCGUCUCUUCUGCACCACAUGUUCUCUCGCCAUCCUGUUUCUCUUUUUCUUCAUUCCAAAUUUCUGAUUAUAUUUUUUAUUUAAACGUUUAUUGUUUCGUUUAAUUGGUUCUUAUAAAUAAUUUAGAGUGGCCAAAGAUCUAUGGUUUUGAAAAUCCCAAUUUUGAGGGUUAACAUUGAAAUUUACCUGCUGGUCAUAAUGAUUCUUAUCAACCAUUUUUCUCUGGUCUAGACGUAUUAUUGACAUGUGAGAAUUUUUCAUUUCACUUUGUUUCCAAGGUUUUUUAUAAUUUUGAUUAGUGCUAUUCGAAAAGCCUCUAAUCUUCUGAGUCAAUGUACUCUUAAUCUCAAAAUCAUUGCUUUUUCUGAACAUUCUGUCUUUUUGAAUAGAAAAUCUUGCGCGCCAUUUUCUCGUUUGCAAAUUUGUUUUGUACAAACUGUAAAAAUGACCGAAACAUGUAAUUUUAUUCAAAUAGUACCUAUUUUUGACCAUCGAAACAAAAGCAACUCUUUAUUUCCUUUUUCCCACUUUUGUAUACUCAAAACAGAGGCGUAACACGAUAUAGUGUAUGUAUGUAUAAAUAAAAAGGGCCAGGCUAUUUGAAUUUUGUUGUUGAUCUAUGAACAAAUAUGACUUGGAUUUGAGAGAGUGUGAGAGAAAGAAUGCAUGAGACAAUGUACUUUUUAAUAUAGCCAAAGUAGAUCAGAUUAUUAUCAUGUCUGGGAUAUGUUCUCGUCUAUGAUCUUUAAAUAUUCAAAUGUAAUUAUGUCUGGUGUUAUUUUGCUUUUGAACUCUGUAAGAUAAUGAUCUAAAGAUUUCAUAUUUCGUAGGUUUCUUGUCUACUCAAAGACCCGCCCAUUCUGUCUCCUCAUUAUUCAAUGUUUUCUUGCAGACCUAUUCAACCACUGGUCAAUACAUAUUACAAUAAUAGUAGUAGUGAGGCAGAUCCAUCAACAAUAGUUCUGCCACCACCUCCACCAUCUUCAGCAUCCUCAAGUUCAUCAAUAUUAUCAGUUUGUGGCGGGGGUGGAAUGACAUCAUGUUCAAACGGUGUGAAUAACAAUCCCGCUGAAAUUCCCACAACUUCACAAUUUAUGCCAAUGGCUGCCGCAGCUGCUGCUUUCGCUGCACAAAAUCCGCAUUUGAAUGCGUUUGUCGCAAAUCGUAGGUUUUUAUCUUGAAUUUUAAUCAAGGAAGCGAAUGACGUUUUUACGUUUAGAUUUUAUGAACAAUGAAAAAGCAAUGUUUGGUCUUGAUUUGAUUCCGAAACAUGAAUCGCCUAUUGGAAUAUUCAAAAUCGCAAAGAAUGAGCCAAGCAGUUCGUCUAACUCGCAACCAAGUACACCCAUGCAAACAGACAGGAGAUCUGUAAGUUUUUAAACUAAAAAAUGAAUAAUUUGUCUUGAAAUCAUAAGUUUUUCACUCCUAGAAAUCUUAGCCAUUCACAAAAAAUCUUUCAAUUUUCCAGGUCCCCGCCUGCGCGAUUUGUGGAACCGAUUCAACUGGAAUCCAUUUCGGAGUUGAUGCUUGUGCAGCAUGUUCAGCGUUUUUCCGACGAACUGUGGUUUUGAAUAAACAAUAUUUAUGCAAUAAAGGUGGAAAAUGUAUUAUUGUGAAAGAUGGUUCAGCUGGUCAAAAGUGUCGAUCUUGUCGAUUUAGCAAAUGUUUGAAUUCGGGAAUGGAUAAGAAUUGUGAGUUUUUUUUUUGUUUGAAAGAAAUUGGAUUCGAAAAUUAUACCCAAAGGAAAUAUUUAUAAGUACAAAUACAAAUGUUCUUUGAAAAUGAACAUUUGAUUGAUAAUUCAAUUGAAAGUUGAAGUUGAAGUUUAAGAAAAACUAAAAGUUUUUAAAAUCAUUUUACUUGUCCGAUUUUUCAAAAAAUCUGAAAUUUGGGAGUUUUUUAUUGAAAAUUUUGAUGUUUUUCAGUUCUUUCAAUGUGUUUUCGACCACUUGAAUUCAAAAUUUCGAUUAAAAAUUCUUUCCUCAAAGUUUCCCUCAAAAAAUUCCCCAAUUCCAGCGGUCCAACAUCGUCGAGAUGCAAUAGGAAAAUAUUCAGCCGGUGUGAAACGCGAAAUCAGUCCAGAUCUAGAAAUUGAACCACCGCCGAAACUUUUCAAUGGCAAUUAUUGUGAGCCAAGCACUUCGAAUAAUUUGAAUUUUGUUUUGAAUAAUCAACAAUCACCGCCAAAUAAUCAUGAGAGGACAAAUAAAAAUAUGGUAGACUUUUUUUUUAAACCAAACAAGCAUUUGGAAAUGUUACAAUUUUCAGUUAUUAAAUGUGCGUUCAAAUAUUGGUUCUCCACAAAAAUCAAUUUUAUCGGAAUUGAUCAUUCGACAACAAUUUAUCUCCGAACAACGUAAAUUAUUUUAUUCCGAGCGGAAUUUGGGAGAAUGGCUUGAUUCGGAUAUAAAACCGAUUGAAGAGCAGGAAUUAUUCGAAUUGACAAAUUUCUCAAAUUGUAUGUUUCAUUUAUGGAAAGUUGAACCAAGGUUAGCUGCAGAUUUUAUCAAUAGAAAUAAAUAUUUGGAUGAUAUUCCACGCGAUGAGAAGGUAAUUAAUAAAUUAAUUGAUCUUAUGAAAUUAAUUAAUUUCAGGUCAUUAUAUUGAAGAGUUUUGUGGUUCUUCGACAAUCUGUAGAAGAACCAUAUUUUACUUGGAAACAUGGAGGAUUAGAGAAAAGAUGGUUUGUGAUGCCAAAUAACACUUAUAUCAAUUGUAAUAAUGCGGAACACUAUUUUAAUAAUGGUGCAUUGAAAGGUCUUAAUUUGGAUUUGAAUACAACUCGAAAUCUAUUUCUUCCAUCGCUCAUGUUAUCAAUGGAUUCUGUUGGGAAUUUGAUGAAAAAUAUUGAGAUUCGGGAAAUUGAGAUUAUUGUUUUGUUAGGACUUGUUAUGUUGGAUCCUGGUAUGUUUCUUUUUUGAAAUAUACAUAUUUUGGUAUAGUAAAAACCAAGAAUUUUUGAAAUUUCUUGGAUUUUCCCUCAUUAUCAAUAUGAAAAUAAUAUUGUUUUUUUCUAGCAAUCCUUGGUUUGCGCGAAGAAACUCGUCUGAAAAUGAUGGCAAUUCGAGAUCAACUAAUUCAAGAGAUUUUCAACUAUUACGAAGAUGAAGAACCUGGAUUAGAUCCCGUUAUUCGAAUUGCUGAUUUAUUCAUGAUUCUCGCCGCAAUCAAAACGCAUGGAUUCAAAACUGCUGAAAAUAUGCAGAUUUUAAGAACAUUUGAAUUGAUACCACAUGAUGAUUGUUUCAAUCAGAUUUUACAAAGAGAACAAGGAGAUUCGGUUCUGGCAGAAAGUGAGUUUUUGAUGCUGAUGUUAUUGUAUAAGGUCGUUUUUUUUCAGUUUUGCGCUUGGGUGCAAAUUUGUCAAAUGGAUCGUAG